CAGUUUUGCGCACCUUUUUCUAAUGAAUUUAACCUUUAGAAAGUGUUUGCCGGUUUUGACGCGUUUGUGUCGCUUCCAGCACUCAGAAGGUGUUGCCGGACCAUAUAUCUCUGUUGAUGCGGAAAAUUACCCUGGUCAUGUUUUGCUCAGUCCACUGCAAAGAUCUUUUCUUCGUUUUGGCAGCGGAAUAGGAUGCCUACUUAACCCUAAAAGGGCAGAUCUACUCAGCACGUUCGGAGAAACUAGUGGGGAAUACGCUCUACGUAGGAUACAUAGCCGCAUGCUAAAUCACCCUGAGGGUUGUCGCAUAUUAAGUGAACGGCCAACUAUCCGUACCAAUACAGUUGACCUAAAUGCUCUUCGCAGUCUACCUGAAGACACGUUUGGUAAAGCGUACACUAACUUUUUAGACAAAUAUAAAUACUCACCAGAUGAAAGACAUUAUGUCAAAUUUGUUAAUGACCCGGACUUGGCUUAUGUUAUGCUUCGGUACAGAGAAGUGCAUGACUUGGUUCACACGUUACUUGGUCAGCCAACUGACAUGUUGGGGGAGGUUGUCGUAAAAUGGGUCGAAGGCAUACAGACACUCCUCCCCAUGUGUGUGACUGCUGCAUAUUUUGGUUCUCUGCGUUUAGCACCCAAACAAACAAUGAAUUACAUAUCAAGUCAUUUGGAAUACGCCAUUCAAACUGGUAGACAGGCUGACUUUCUGAUGUGUGUCUACUUUGAAAAACACUGGGAGGACAGACUUGAAGAUUUUCGGGCUUCAUUGAAUAUUCAACCCCCUCCACCUCGUCAAAAACUGCCGUAACUUAUCGUUUUAUAUCCUGAAUUAUACUAAUAUGUAGAAAUCUUGAUAUUCUGUUGUGUAAUUUGUACGUUACCUUGCUAUGUAAUCAUCAGAUAUAAAUAUCUCGAAUUAAAUAUAUCAUUUUUGAACAAUUGUAAAGUCAGUGUAUGUCAGAAAUUUGGCUAGCAAUGAUUAUUUGGUAUAUUUACAUGUGAAAUAAGUUUUUUUAUAGUUUGGUUUUGUAAGGGUUCGUUAUGUUUUUACGAGUCGAUCACGGAUUGAUAUCAAUGGUUCUCUAAUCGACAUCAAUCCGUGAUCAACUCGUAAAAAUAUGAAAUAAGUCUUGCCACAUGCCCUUAUGUCAUAGAAACAGGCAUACCCAUCAUUUGCUAACCAAUAGACAGAUGGGACUAGACCAUGGCUCAGGUAAACUUCGGUCUCACCCUUCAUAAAUAUGAACGUGUGAUAGAUGGACUGUUUCAAAAGUAGUGAUUUUUACUAUUUUUUUAAAGCAUCAUGUCAUUCUGUCCGGCGUCCCAGGAGUGCGAACGCUUCAAUGACCUUGAACGCAUGCUAGUCGUUGGCUAAAGGCACCUAUUAUUAUCAUAGCUGAAAAAUCAAUACUAUUCAUCAAAUAAGGAGCAAAUUUCACCCAUAUAACACUUUUAAUUACUGUGUGGACAAUGUGUUAAUAUCUCGUUAGGGUUAUGAUAAGGGUUAAAUUAAGUAUCGGGGUUAGGGUUAGGGUUACGGUCAUAAUUGGGAUUAGGGUUAGGUUUACGGCAGUACAAGGAUUUUCAUUAGGGUUAGUGUUAAGUUCAGGGUUGGGAUUAAGGUUAGGGUUGCGAUAAGGGAUAGAUUUAUAGUUAAUGUCAUUUAUUUUAAUUAUUUUUAUCCUCAUUUCUCUUGUAUCUAGUCGUCGAUCCUCUUACUCAAACCAUAAUAAUUUAACUUUGGAGAGGACUGCACAGGAAGAGAAGAGAGAUGGAUGAUUCACAAAACAGCACAUCUUCAGUUACUUCGGUGAAUACUUCUAUAGAAACUAGUCCAACUUAGGAGCUGAUACUCUUCAUCAUAACUGGG